UUGGCAGUAGAACCAAAAAAUCCGCAGAGAGAGGGCAAAACGGAGCGGCCUUUCCUUACAAAAGAGCAACAUUUCUAGUUCUUAGCAGAGUGUAGCCCGAAAGUAGAGAAGAAUUUCAAUAUCUACAGAAAUGGACGAUUACACAAGAGAAAUGAUGGACCUCAAAACCCUAGUCACUCGAACCCUGGAGAAGAAAGGCGUCCUCGCCAAGAUCCGAGCUGAACUUAGAGCGAGUGUUUUCGAGGCAAUUGAAGAGGAGGAUAAGGUAAUUGAGAAGGAUGAAGGCUUGCCCCCUGCACUAUUGGGUAGCUGCAAUGAUCAGGCAAAACACCUCCAUAAUUCACCUUCAGGAAGGCUACUAACUGCCCUUAUAUGUGAAUAUUUGGAUUGGGCUCAAUUAAACCAUUCACUUAAAGUUUAUUUGCCAGAGUGUAAUUUGCCAAAGGAUUCGUGGAAAUCUGAGCUAAAAGAAUUUAGCAGCAAGAAUGGAUAUGAUCUUAACAGGAAUGGUGAUAGCGCUCCCUUGCUUUUGGAUGUUCUUGAAGGAUUCUUGAAAUAUGAGAAUUUAUCUCAAGCAAUGGGGGCUGGAAGGAGAUUUACUGCACCAGAUGCUGGAUCUCUUUCCAAUACUGAAGCUAGGAACAUUAGGAAGCCUUCUUCAUCUUCAGUUGCUGGAGGCUUACCUCCAUUGGGAAGGUCAGGUCCUGCUGCCCAGUCAUCUGACAGAAGGGCAGGUUCAUCUAUAUCUGGAUAUAGGAAAGAUGAAUACAACUGGAGAUACGAAAAUGAUGAGCUUCCGCAGGAUGUAAUGCUUGCCUCAUCUGCCUUAGAAAACCUUCAAUUGGACAGAAAAGCUUGGAACCUUACCUCUUCAUGGAGGCACAGAGGUGAUGACAUGUCUGAGGAUGAUAGCAGGGGAGAAUAGAUGAGAUGUGUGGUCUCCAAAUCACCGAGAUGGGAAUUGAUGAUGUCCUUCUAACUUAGAAAUGCAAUGUUCUGAUGUAUGCUGUGUAUGAUUUAAAUACUAUAUUGCUUGUAGUAAUUGGUGUGAGCUUCUCAUUUUCUUUUCUUUUUUCUUGUAUCAUUUAUCAUUUCCCCCCUGUUUUACGAAAUCCCUCUGUGGCUAAGCAGCCGCGCUUAAAGAAUUUUUCUUAUCAUAUGACGGUUGCUCUUGAGUUGGAUGCCAUGCGUGAUUA